GGGACGUGCAGGCAAACGCAGUGUGGGAACUGGGGUCAGGACACGACAUUUCCGGUGAGGCCUGGAACCGAGGAUUACAGUUCAGCUCGGUGCCGUCCCUAAAAGAUGAUGUCAUCGCCCCGCCUCCUCAUCGCCGUUCUCCUGCUGCUGGUCACCGGGUCCGGGGCAAAGUUCCAGGAAUUUGAUGACGGCGACGACGACGCGGCCGAAUACGAUGACAACGACUUUGCGGAGUUCGAGGAUGUCGCCGACGAGACCGCCACCGCUCGUCCAUCCCACCAGCCGACUCCCGAGCAGCAGGAGGAGGAGGAAGACGAUGAUGAAGAGGCCACUGUAGAGCUAGAAGGACAAGAGGAAUUUGAAGAAGACACAGAAGGACAGGAGGGCGACGCAGACAACGAGCCGUACGACGAUGAAGAGUUUGAAGGCUAUGACGACAAAAUGGAAACGGGAGGUUCCAACAAGAUGAAGGAUCCCAUCACUAUUGUUGACGUGCCUGCUCACCUCCAGAACAGCUGGGAAAGUUAUUACAUGGAGAUCCUGAUGGUGACCGGGCUGCUGGCGUACAUCAUGAACUAUAUCAUCGGCAAGAACAAGAACAGCCGUCUGGCUCAGGCCUGGUUCAACUCUCACCGCGAGUUGCUGGAGAGUAACUUCUCCCUUGUGGGAGAUGACGGGACAAGUAAGGACGCGGUUAGCACGGGGAAGCUGAACCAGGAGAACGAGCACAUUUACAACCUGUGGUGCUCGGGGCGGCUGUGCUGCGAAGGCAUGCUGAUUCAGCUUAAGUUUUUGAAACGCCAGGAUCUGCUCAAUGUGUUGGCUCGUAUGAUGCGUCCGGCGUGCGAUCAAGUGACAGUAAAAGUAACGAUGAAUGACGAGGAUAUGGACACGUACGUUUUUUCUGUUGGAACUCGGAAAACCCUGACCCGGCUGCAGAAGGAGAUGCAGGACCUGGGCGAGUUCUGCAGUGAUAAGCCGAAGUCUGCAGCCAAGCUGGGUCUCCCGGACUCACUCGCUAUCCUGUCUGAGAUGGGGGAAGUGACGGACGGCAUCCUUGACACUAAGAUGAUUCACUUCCUAACGCACUACGCCGAUAAGAUUGAAUCGAUUCAUAUUUCGGACCAAUUCUCUGGUCCAAAGAUUAUGCAAGAGGAGGGACAGCCGCUGAAGCUGCCGGAGACCAAGAAAACCCUUUUGUUUACAUUUAACGUGCCUGGCAACGGAAAUGCGACCGUGAAAGACAUGGAGUCUCUCCUGCCCCUGAUGAACAUGAUUAUUUAUACCAUCGACAAGGUGAAGAAAUUCCGGCUAAACCGAGAGGGGAAGCAGAAGGCCGAUAAGAACCGCGCACGAGUGGAGGAGAACUUCCUGAAGCUCACUCACGUCCAGCGCCAGGAGGCCGCUCAAAGCCGCCGCGAAGAGAAGAAGCGAGCGGAAAAGGAGCGCAUCAUGAACGAGGAGGAUCCGGAGAAGCAGCGCAGGCUGGAGGAAGCCGCUCAGCGCCGCGAACAGAAGAAGCUCGAGAAGAAGCAGAUGAAGAUGAAGCAAAUCAAAGUGAAGGCCAUGUAAUGCGGCCCCCGGCAUACACCUUCCCGCAGACUGUGUUAUAAGCGUGGCUGGGGGAGGAGAAGUCAUGAAUGAUGUAGGAGCAGAAGGCACGCAUUAUUAAAUUAAAGCUAUACUCCCCCCUUC